AUGGAUCCCAAAAGACCACAUUCCCGGCGAUCGGCGGAGAUAAUCGCCGGCAACGACGAUCUACUGACGGAAUUAAUCCUCCUCCACCUCCCGGCCACAUCCCUCCUCCGAUUCAAGUCAGUAAGCAAACACUGGCAAACCCUCAUCUCCGCCCCCUCUUUCGUCCGCCAACACACCACCCACCGCGGCGGCGGCAAUUCCCCGCCUUCCUUCAUCUUCCGGUCAAAUUCGCACAAAUUCUUCUACUUCAACCCCGCCACCAAAUCCCUCCGCCGCCAAAAAUUCUAUCACCGUUACCGACACACGAGGAUCCUGCAAUCAACCAACGGCCUAAUGCUCCUCGAGUGCCGAAAAUCGAAGUACGGCCAGAAACACUACGCCGUCUACAACCCCACCACGCGGUGGUCGAGAACUCUGAUCGACGCCAAGAGAAAGAACAAGGCGGCUAUCUCCGGCGUCUGCUUGGUUUUCGACCCGUCGAGAUCGCCCCACUACAAAAUCGUCUGCGUCCGAUCCGGUAAGAAUUGGGAAUACUCCAACCCCACAAUCGACAUUUACGAUUCGCAAUCCGGAACGUGGAAUUACCGACUGCACUUCACUCCGAUUAAAAUCAAAUUCUCGAGUGGGAUUUACCGGAACGAUUGUAUAUAUUGGAUCCGACCGACUUCGAGAUCCUAUUACUACAAUCUCCAAACCGAAGUCGAGGAUAAAAUGAUUAACAACCUUCCCCGGAUUAAAACUCCGUGGAGACGAAACGGCGAAACGAACAAGAACUACGUGAUGGAAUCGAACGGGCACGCGCAUAUUCUCUGCACCUACAUGGGGCCCGAAUUCAAAUCCAUGUUCGUGUACGAGUUGUCGGAGGAUAAUUCGGGUUGGUACGAUAAGUACCGGGUCGAUUUGGGUCCAAUUUCGUCUGUAUUGGCGGAGAAGAACGAUCCAGUCGAGUUAGUCGGGAUUGUUCGGGGGGAGAGAGAAGGAGAUUCGUCGGUGCUGCUUCACUCUCCGGGGAGGAUUAUACGCUACACGUUUUCCGAUGGCAGUUUCGAGGUUUUGGUUGAUUUUAGAAAUAGGAGUGAGAUUUACAAAGAAGGUGACCGGUUGCAGUUUCGCGGGCAUUUUUGUUAUCAGUUCGUCGAGAGUUUGGCUCGUGUUUGA